UAUAAAAAUGUAAUAAAGUAAUACAGAAAUACAAUUCACAUUCUCUCUCUAGGUUUCUCUGAUCUUCUCUCUCUCAAGAGUUCUUCUUUCUUCUUUGCUGAUUAUUACUUUCUCUGCAACAUUGUUACAUUCUCUGCAAUUCUUCACUUCCGUUAUCAUGGUAUCAAUCACCAGAAGGUCUUCUGUGCCGGUCUUUCGCUGGGUUCUUUGAGCAUUUGUGCUUUUUUGUGAUUUGGGUUAAGAUUUCGACUACCAUCAGGUUCUUUUGUUUUUUUGGUUUCUACAAUGCACAUCAUCUGUUUGUAUCAAUGUAUAAGUGAAAGAUUUCAUGAGUUAUUGCUUAAAAUUCAAGGCCGCUAGCCAAGAUUAAGUCUUUGAAGUAGUGAGUUUUUGAUAAGGCCGACAGCCAAGAUUAAGUAUGUAAAGUACAGAGUUGGAUAAGGCCGAUAGCCAUUUUUCUCUGAAGAAUUCGAUAAAUUCUGGAUUGUUGCACUUUUAUAAGGCCAAUAGCCAAAAUGUAUUGUCUGAUAAAUCUUGGGUUCAAUUGGGUGCUGGAUAUAAUUUGCAGUUUGUUUAAAGAUUCUUGAAAUAUCAUAAUGUCUGAGUCUGUGAAAAUUGAGGGGUUGCUAGGAAUGCUUACAGUUAUGCUUCAAGAUGGAAAUUUUGUGAAGUGGAGCUUUCAAUUUCAAUCUGUUUUAAGAGGUUAUGAUAUGUUCGAUUUCUUUACUGGAGAUUCACCAUGUCCACCGAAGUAUGUGAUCAAUAUAGUGACUGGAAUUACCAAGGAAAUUACUACGGCUUACAAAGAUUGGGUGAAGAAGGAUCUUGCUUAUCGCUACUCUUUCCGAUGAUGCUAUGGAGCAUGUCAUUGGAUGUAAGAGUUCACAAGAAGCCUGGAACUGCUUAUGAGAAAGAUUUGCAUCACUAUCAAUGGUUCGUGUGGAUCAACUGAACACAUAAUUCCACACUACACAGAAAUGAGGAGAUUAUGUGGACAAGUUCAUGCUCAGACUCAAGGGGAUUAAAGAUCAGUUAAUUUAUGCUGGUGAAAAUAUAUCAGAUAAUGAUUAUAUUAUUGCUGUCUUAUCUGGAUUGCCUACUAAUUUUGAGGUAAUCAAGACAGUGAUUCUUGCAAGGGACUCUACGAUGUCACUUAAAGAUUUCAGAGCACACUUGUUGGGUGUAGAAGCUAGCAUUGAGUUAAGAAUGCAAUCUUUAUCCAAUUCCAUGUCUGCCAUGAAUGUGCAAGGAAAUGGGGCAAGUUCCAGCAGAUUUCAAGGAGGACAUCAGAAUUAUGAGCAUGAAGAGAGUUCAAAUUCACAAGGGUAUAACAAUGGCUCAAACUUCCAAGGAGGAUCUGGUGAGCAAUGGGAACAAAUUUCAACAAAGAGGAGGGGGCACACUACUCCAAACUGUUAUCAUAGAGCUGACAACAAUGGACAAUAUUCAGGUUUUAUGACCUAUCAAAUUUGUGGAAAAAGGGCCAUAUUGCACUUGAGUGCUAUCAUAAGCACAAUUUCUCUUAUCAAGGUAAUCCAUCAGCACCUUCUCUUAUUGCUUUAUCUGCACAGACCAACAUGAGGCAAUCAAAUAUCAAUGUAGUCAAUGACAAUGGUUUUAAUGCUGUUAAAACUUGGGUUCUGGACACUGGUGCAACAUACUACAUAACUGCCAAUGCUAUCAACUUGAAUCAAGCUGCACCAAGCAACGAAGAUGAGAAGAUCAUUAUAGGCAAUGGUCAAGGUUUGAUAGUUGAGCAUUGUUUCCUCAGCCAUUACUACUUCUUCAAACCACUCUUUAAUAUUGAAAAAUAUUUUACAUGUGCCAAUGAUAACUGUCAACUUAUUAUUUGUUAAGAAACUAUGCAAGAAUAAUGGUUGUUGGUUCAUAUGUGAUGAUGUGAUGUUUUUCAUACGGACAAGGCCACGAGGGAGAUUUUAUACCAAGGAAUGAAUGAUGAUGGGGAUCUGUUCAGAAUUCCAGUCAAAACUUUUUCAGAUUCAUUUGCUGAAAGGUUGAGUAGAUGUGCUGCAUUCAUUAGAAAGAAGGUCAGUACUUUAGUUUGGCAUCAAUGAUUUGGACACCCUUCAUAUGAGGUUUUACAAGAUAUGUUGAAGACUGCAAACAUAUCUAUUAGUAUAGAUACAUGUCCAACCAUAUGUUCUUCUUGUAUUCAAGGAAAGAUGAAUAGGCAACCAUUUCAUGUUAGACAACAUAGAGCUAGUUAUCUAUUUAAGAAAAUACAUAGUGAUGUAUGAGGUCGUUCUCCAAGUCAAUCUGUACAAGGUCAUAGAUACUACAUAAACUUUGUAGAUGAGUAUUCAAGGUUCAUGUGGAUAUUUCCCAUGACAAAUAAAUCAGAUGCUUUCUCAAUUUUUGUCAAGUUUCAAGCUUUUGUGUUCAAUCAGUUUAAUACCACUUUAAAAUGUUUGUAAUAUGAUGGUGGAGGUGAAUACAUGAGCAAAGCAUUUGUUGA